CACGGCAGCGCCGGUUCCCGCGGUCCCUGUAGGCCCGUGAGUCUCGGCGGCGCGCCCGCUCCCCGAGGACGCGCGGGUUUCCAGGGCAACCGCAGGCCCCGCCCCCGGCAGCCUUUCCCGCCAAAGGCCGUUAGCACCGCGGAGCAUGCCGGGACGGGUCCCGAGCUGGCUCUCACGGCGGCCGAGACGCUGUUAAAAGAGGCGCGUUCCAGGAGGAAGCCGCUGUCGUGGAAGGCCGCACAGGCACGAGGAGCGCCUUCGCCGGGAGGUUCCGUCCUUGCACUUUGAGCCACGGAGCCGCGAGCGGCCAUACGCCCACCACCGCGCGGAGAGGAAGCGCCCAGGACUUCUUUUUCCCCUGUUGGUGCGGAGGGUGACGUCGCGCGUGCGUGAGCGCGCCUCUCGCGGCCCCGUUACGCUGCCGCGCGUGCGCAGUGGCGCCGCGGGGGCCGCUUCCUCCCGCUCGGCUGGCGCCCUCCCCCCCAUAUCCGUGCGCCGAGCUGAUAAAGGCGCCAUUUUGGAGGGGCCGCGGGAGACGUGGUGCCGCUGCGGGCUCGCUCUGCCUCUCGCUAGGCUUGGUGGGAAGGCCUCCUGCUCGAGUCCGCGCUCGUCGUCGCCGCCAUGUCGGGAGGUGGUGUGAUCCGUGGCCCGGCGGGGAACAACGACUGCCGUAUCUACGUGGGGAACUUACCGCCAGACAUCCGAACCAAGGACAUUGAGGACGUGUUUUACAAAUACGGCGCUAUCCGCGACAUCGACCUCAAGAAUCGCCGCGGGGGACCGCCCUUCGCCUUCGUUGAGUUCGAGGACCCGCGGGACGCGGAAGACGCGGUGUACGGGCGCGACGGCUACGAUUACGAUGGAUACCGUCUGCGGGUGGAGUUUCCACGGAGCGGCCGCGGCACGGGCCGAGGCGGCGGUGGGGGUGGAGGGGGCGGAGCGCCCCGAGGCCGCUACGGCCCCCCAUCCCGGCGGUCGGAAAACCGAGUGGUUGUCUCUGGACUGCCUCCGAGUGGAAGCUGGCAGGAUUUAAAGGAUCACAUGCGUGAAGCAGGUGAUGUAUGUUAUGCUGAUGUUUACCGAGAUGGCACUGGUGUCGUGGAAUUUGUACGGAAAGAAGAUAUGACCUAUGCAGUUCGAAAACUGGAUAACACUAAGUUUAGAUCUCAUGAGGGAGAAACUGCCUACAUCCGGGUUAAAGUUGAUGGGCCCAGAAGUCCAAGUUAUGGAAGAUCUCGCUCUCGAAGCCGUAGUCGUAGCAGAAGCCGUAGCAGAAGCAACAGCAGGAGUCGCAGUUACUCCCCAAGGAGAAGCAGAGGAUCACCACGCUAUUCUCCCCGUCAUAGCAGAUCUCGCUCUCGUACAUAAGAUGAUUGGUUUGGUGACACUUUUUGUAGAACCCAUGUUGUAUACAGUUUUCCUUUACUCAGUACAAUCUUUUCAUUUUUCUUUUUUAAUUCGAACUGUUUUUGUUCAGAGUGGGCUAGUGUUGAAUCGCAUUCUUGUGUAAUAACCCCCUUGCUCCUAACAUCUACAUUCCCCUCAUGUCUUUGAUAAACUGUAUUUUAAGUGAUGUCAUAGACAGGAUUGUUUAAAUUUAGUUAAUUUUCCAUGCUCUUCAGACUGUGAUAUUGUGUACAUGUCUAUUCUGCUAUGGUUUGUGUGACCUGGGAUGUGGGGGGUGUUUGUGAUUAUCUUACCUGGGGAAGUUCUUAUGUUUAUCUUGCUUUUCAUGUGUCUUUCUGUAGACAUAUCUGAAGAGAUGGAUUAAGGAUGCUUUGGAUUAAGGAUUGUGGAGCACAUUUCAAUCAUUUUAGGAUUGUCAAAUGGAGGAUUGAGGAGGAUCAGAUCAAUAAUGGAGGCAAUGGUAUGACUCCAAGUGCUAUUGUCACAGAUGAAAUUGGCAGUAUUGACCUUAUACUAAAAUACAAGGGUGAAAAAUAAGUAGAUUUACUUUAAAAUACUUGCAAACUGCUUCUUAGUGCAGUUGUCCUUAGCUGCAAUUGCAGUGCUCUUUGCCUUGGCAAUUGUGGCUCAUUGUAUUGCCCAUUUGGUAACAAUUUAUUUUGCUCCCCUCCCCCACUCCCUAUUUUUUGGUUUAUUUUAAUAGGGGACUAUUAAACGUGGAAAGAAUUGGUUAAUGUGUCACAGUGCUUAGUUACAACUGUUAUUUGUGACCUACUGUUGGUGUACAUGUGGGUACAGGGUGUGUUUAAUUCCGAUGAGAUAGAGUAUAAUAUCAAUACUGCUAAAUCUGCAUGUCCUCUGUGUGACUGAUAGAGCGUUGCUAUAUCAUUUUUUUAAAGACAAAAUGAAAGCAGAAUAUUGAAUUCCAGCAUAUUGGUGUAGAUAAUUUAGUUGGGAGUAUUCUAAGUCUCACCUUCCCCUUUAAAAUAUUCGUAAUUGACUCAUGUUUGAAACACUUUAAUUUACAAGUUAAAUUGCAGAUGGGAGCAUUAGAUUUAGUUUAGACUUAGGUGGGUAGCAAUACUAGUUAACUUUACAAUUGCAUAACUUUGCAACCACAAAAUCUGUAAUGCGCUGUUAAGUAACAAAUGUUGGCAUUAUCAGUUGAAAUGUAAAUAUAAGAUGCUUCUUCAAUUAGUCUAUGAUGGUUAAGUUUCUAAAGUUUAUCUAAACGCCAUUCAGAAACUUGUUUUGGGGAAUUUGAUAGUUAUUGAUGUACAUCUGUUAAACUGAUGACAGACAUAACUCAUCAUUCCCCAGAAACCCUUUUUGAUGACAGUAUCUAACAUUUUGCCUCCUCUUUUUUGGUUUUGCUGGUUAUAAAGGUUUGGAUUGGAGAGGGCUCACUGGAUCCCAAUCCUUGGAGCUGGAUCAUUGGAUUCAAAUCAUAAUGUGGAUAGGAUAGGGAGGAUGAAUUACAAGGAUUCAUGGAGCGGGAUCAGAUUUCCAGGAACAUAGGAGUGGAUUCCUGCCCCAACCAAACCGUAUUCGUGUGGAUUUUUUUAUUCAACUUAAUUGGCUAUUCCAAAGAAAUUUUUUUCCUAUUUUUGACGAUUGGAGCCCUUAAGAUGCACGAUGGAAUUGUGUUUUGCAUUUUUUGGUAAAAGGAGCAAAGCGAGGACCUGGAGAUAAUACGCUGGAGCAAUCUCCUUGGAAGGAUUCAGCACGAGUAGAUGGUAAACGUUAAAGGGGUAACGGGGGGUUUGUUUAAAAUAGUAAUCAGUAAGUCACUUCUACUAAAUUUAAAUAAAACAAAAUUGGAGUUAAAAAUAAGUAGGUUUCAAUUGGCUAUUGCCGUUUUUCUUUGAAAAAAUAAACAUUUUUUAAAAAACUAUGCAUGGUUGUCCUUUUUCCUCUUCAUGUAAGAACUUAACUGGGUUGACUAGUCUAUCAGUACUUUGAAUUGAUAAGACUCUUGAUUCUUGUGUUUGUAUUAGUAAAUUAAAGUUUCUUGAAAGGCAAUCUAAUAAAUGGUUUUAACUGUCUCUUAUUGUUGAUUGUAAAAAAUCUUAAAAUGAAUAAGGCAGUUAUUUAUAUGUAACAAGCAAAUUGGUAGUCUCCAAUGAAUGAAUUCAAUUCUUUGCUUAAGAGUGGCUAAGAACUUGAUGGACUUUAGUGCAAAAUUGGUUGAUGGCUAGUAAAUUAAUGUUAGCUUGGAAAUAGCCUUUGAUAAUCCCAGUGAGACAAUAAUUGAUAACAGAACAAAGGUAUUUCUUUUUUGAAAUGUGAACGCGGCACAGAAAAGUUAACUGUGUGAGCAGCUGAUGAUUUAUGCUUUGUAAAAAUGAAUCCACUCUUAGUCUUCUGUGCCCGGAGUUUUGGUGCUCUACCAAAGCAGUAAUGGCUAGUUUGUAGUUGUGGCCCUUAGAUGCUUGAUUUUCAAGUUAAAACCCCAUAGUCUUUCUGUUCUGAAUCCUCACAGCUAGUUAACAGCCUUCAAAAUAGUUUUUAUGCUCAACAAAAAUAAUUAGAUUUUAACAUUGUCUUUGGGUGCUGAUCCUUGUGGGAAGCUGAACUUAAGGUUUUCUCUAGGUUUAAAACUACCCUCAGUAAUUUUGGUAGUGAAAGUGAACUCCAGUAGUGAUGCCCAUAAAGUUACUCAGCGAGUCCAACUUAGUGAAGCUUAUGCAGUGUCAGGAAGUGAAGGAAUGUUCAGAACUAGGAUUGAAAUGCAUAGUGUAGUGCACUGGUUGUUCUUGUGUAAGAAUUAGAACGCAGUGGCCGAGAAACAAUUUCCUGUGGCAUGCUUAAUUUCUAGUAUUGCCUCAUGUAAUUAGAGUACUCGGGCUAUUGCUAAUGAUUUUGAAAAGUUAACACUAGAUUUAAAUAAAUACUGAAUUCGUUUAUGUUGAAUGUUUUGGAAAUAGGACCAAAAUGGUCUUCAUUCAGGAUUGAGUUUUAAGCUAAAUUCUAAUCCCAUAUUGAAAUAUUACUCCUGAUUGGCUGUAACGUUGGUUUACAUUGAAGCUAGGACUUGGGCAUACUUUUUUAGUUAAUGUGGUUAGAUGGCUAAACGCAGGUAGGAUAGUCUAGACUGCCCUUUUUCCUGCUGUUUUGAGUCCUGUCCUUUGGGACUACAAAAGCUGUAUUGGCUUUUCUGCAUUUUAAUUUAUGUCCCGCUAGAAAAUUUUAGGGAAACUAAUUUAUUUUCUGACCAGGGAAAAGUUAAGUCUUUUAAGAAGCAAUUACUUUUCAUAACAUCAGAUUGAAUAACUCACCUUGCUGUUCAGCCCACAUUCUACUGGAGAUAAAAAGGUAAGACCGAUUUUCUGACUAAUUGUUUGAGAUCUGAAUUUUAAGAGAUACUGAUUUUUUAAGGAUGUUGUUUCGAAAUGUUCAAUAGCUUCUCACUGAAAAUGCUUUUUUUCCUCCAAAGUUUUACACAAUUUUGAGUGCUCUUUAGCUACUUAUUCAUCGUGUUUGAAUUUAAUGUGACUUACUCUAGAAUUUCAAUUUUCGAAAAAUUUGUUGUCUUUGAAACAUGUUUUGGUCUUUAGGACAUGUUUAUUUUCAGGUUCUGUGGUCAAGAUGAAUUUCUUAUGUGUGCCUUUUUGCUUCCUUUGUAUAUGAAGUUUGUAAUGAAAUUACAAAUGAAAUAAGUUGUAUGUAUGUAUUUACCAUAAAUAGUAUUAAAGCAAGAAAAACUUAA